AUUGAAUGUUAAAAGCAAUGGUCCCCAAUUCAGCCUUUGGUCCCUGCUUAAUCCAAGUCGGUCAUUCACUGAAUCUUAGUGAAUCUGAAAUGAAUUUAUGAGAAUCAGUUCUUCAGAUUUUAUAACAUAACCUUUGGCAGCCAGAAAAUAAAAGGCAGUGUUCCAUGAACCAUUUCCUAAUAGACCUCAACCGCUCCUGUCAAUGCACGACACAGAUACAAGACGGCGGCAACAUCACGACAGCCACUUUGACCGUCGCUGUGACGGGAGCAGACGACGGGACGACUGUCACCUGCACAGGUGUGAAUCCCGCCCUCUCCAAAGAGGAGGAGCCUCUGUCAGACAGGAGAAAGCUCACUGUCUUCUGUGAGUGCAAGAGACGAGCCCAUCGUGGAGCUCACCCUCGGGAGACCUCUGGAGGCCGACAACAUCAAGGAGGAGGACGACGUCUGCUUCGAGUGCCACGUCAAAUCGAACCCCAGGGUCUCACCGCAUCGAGUGGUACCAUAAUGGUGAGAAAAUCGGGCAGAGGGUGAGGGCGGGAGUCGUCAUCAGAAGACAGUCGCUCGUCCUCAGGGGCGUCGUCAGGAGCCACUCGGGGUCUUACACCUGCGUCGCCACCAACGCCCACGGCCGUUCCGUCAGCAACACCUUUUUGCUGACAGUCCAACAUGCCCCCAUAUGUGCAGGGUCAGCAGGUCGAGAGAGGACCCUAGGGGCAACUCGAAGGACAGUGGUGAAGGCCAGGUGCACAGUGGAGGCCGAGCCUUCUUCCAACUUGGUCUGGUCCUGGGUGCGGAAGAGGACUGACGGCAGCGAGGAGAUCCUGUCCUCGGACAAGUACUUCGUCGAGGGACUGACGUCGACCCUGACGGUCGUGCCUGAGAGGAGGGAAGACUAUGGUCGAUUGCUCUGCAGGCAACGAAUAACGUUGGCCAUCAGAAGAAGCCAUGUACUGUCAACCUAGUCCCAGCUGGCCCACCUGAUACGCCCACUAAUUGCUCGGCCACACAUGUCAACCCUGAUGCUCUUAAACCAGCCAUUGCUGUGGCCUGCUUAGAGGGAUUUGAUGGAGGGCUGCCUCAGAAUUUCCUGCUGGAAGUGUUGCAAGAUGGUCUGGUCCUUGCAAAUAUUAGUAGCGAGUAUCGUGAGUGGGUGGUCAGUGGCAUGGAGUCAGGGAAAGGGGUCAUUCUGAACAUUGUGGUCAUAACAUUCGAGGCCGAAGUGACCCUGUCACCAUGAAGGUUUAGACUAGCAGUGCCCAGCAUACAGCAGCUCCACGUUAGACUAUUGUUGUCAUUUUGUUGUAGUUUUGCCUAUGGCUUCCAUUCUCUCCAUAAUACCAAACAAGCUUAGGGCAAUAAUUGUCCUCCCUAUCACUGAACUAUCUUUUCUGUGCCACAAUCUCACGCUAAGCAACUGGCAGAGACAGUGUGUAUAUUCACCAAGGAUGUUACAAAGGCUGGCUAUACAUCGUCUUGAAUCUCAUUGUCAAUCUACUUUUUUAUAUGAGUCUCUUUAUUAGACAUAUCUGAACGAGAUACACUUGACCAGAUCUCUCGUACGAUGACUUCGGGACAUUCGAAAGGCUUUUAUACCUGAAGUCUAAGUUCUUAUGUUUAAGUUCUUAUCUGCAUAUUGCAGGAAUUCUACGUAUACAUGUAUCAUGUUGAUAAUAAAGCCUCUAUU